CACAGGAGGAAGCCCAUCGUGUGAAGUCCGCGGCAGCAUUAGAUAGGCUGUGAUGAGGAGACUGAGGAAGUGUGUCGCCCCCUCCGCAUAGGCUGAGUCCGUUUGGUCGCCGUUCUGCUCGGAAAUCACUCGGAGCUCCGCAGCCCACCGGCCGCCCCCGCAGCCCCAGAUACAGCUGAGACAGCGGAAGAAAUGUGGGGAAACGGGGCACCCUUUUAACGCCCAAAACACGGGAGGAUUGUUGGUCGAAGCGCACACAUCGAGCGAAAUUGGGCGGAAAACUCGGCGCGCCGAUGGAAUUCAUUUAGCCAACGCAGCGCAGCCGCGGUUGAUCAGGAUUACAGUGAAGAUGUGCUGGCAGUGUUAACAGAGAAGGAAAACAGGUGGCACCAUGGGUGAUGGAGGAGCUCUGCGGACAGAAGGAAAUGCCCUGCUGAAGGCUGUGUUCCAAGGCAAGCUUCGUCUUGCCCGAUUGUUACUGGAGGGAGGUGCAUACAUCAAUGAAGGCAAUGAGAGAGGGGAGACACCCAUCAUGGCUGCCUGCAUGGCAGGAUAUGAUGAUUCACAGACACGUCAGAAAAUGGUGCGCUAUCUUCUUGAGAAGGGCGCUGACCUGAAUAUCCCUGAUAAAUCAGGCCGGACUGCCUUGAUGCACGCUUGCUCUGAGCGGGCGGGAAAAGAUGUUGUGUCGCUACUCCUGGAGAAUGGAGCAGACCCAAGUCUCAAAGACUACUCUGGGUCCUCGGCUCUAAUGCAUGCCAUCAACACAGGUGAUCGAGAAACCCUUCAGAUACUUCUAGAUGCUUGUAAGGCCAAAGGCAAAGAGGUGAUCAUUAUAACCACAGAUACCUCACCCUCAGGCACUAAGAAGACCAAGCAGUACCUGAACUCUCCACCUUCACCAGGUGUGGUUGAUAAACUCUCCCCAGCCUGCAUGUCUCCAUCAGAGGUGGAGAUUCGAACCUCAAACUCACCUGCCGGAGAAGAGGAAGAAGGCAUCUUCAGCUUUGCGCUAACUUCCGCCCUCCCGCUUCCUUCCAACAGGCCACCAGGUGAGAGGAGGCCACCACCACGCAAGCUUCUCAAAAGACUGAACUCAGAGCCCUGGGGCUUAGUGGCACCUAGUGUACUGGCUGAGAGAGGUGAGAUGCUGGAAGGCAGCCUAGCCGAGGAGGACAAGGUGGUGUCAGAGAUGAACGGUAUGUCAAUCUCUGGUCCUGGCAGACCACUGCUCUCACGCAGACACAGCAUUGAAACUCAUGACCCCUGCUCACCGAAGCUUAUUGACCGCUCCUGCUCAGAAGAUUGUGCAGCCCUCUGUGGUUCUUCUUGGGCUGACAAAGUGCAGCAACAUCAGUCACUGUACCGCAGAAACACGGCGCCUGAGUCACAAGAGAAUGCUGGUCAUAACCGUGCUCUGGCUCACCCCAAACUUACACGAAUGGAGCACUAUGAGUCAGAUACUCAUCUGUGUCCGGAGUCAAUUCCUGGAUCUCCAGAUUCUGGUCGUGUGUCAGUGGAGCGCCGCAAGUACAACGCCUCACCACUAUCUUUAGUUGCCAGUUCCUCACGUGAGUCCCUGGAGAGCAUCCCGAACUCAGUGUCUCCCAUCACUAUGAGGAGGAGACCUCCAGGCCUGCUGGAGCGAAGAGGUUCUGGCACACUCCUGCUGGACCACAUUUCACACACACGACCCGGAUUUCUUCCUCCACUCAAUGUCAACCCCCAGCGACCCAUCCCGGACAUCCGGACCAAUGGCAAGCCGUCUUCACCCGUGCACUCUGGAAACAAGAUCCUGCUGCCCGUAGCACCCACAUCACCAAAGCGUGUUCUGGAUUUCAAAAUGAAGAAAAAGUUGAUGAGGAGGCAUUCCAUGCAGACAGAACAGAUGAAGCAGCUCUCCACCUUUCAGGAGCUAAUAGCAGAGAAGGUCAUGGAGGUCAAUGGAGACUAAUAGUUAUUGAGAGAAUCUGUGUGUGUGUGUCUCUCUCUCUCUCCCCUUCUCUCUCUCCCUCUCACACACACACACACACACACACACACACACACACACAAACUCUCACUCUUACAACUGGAUAGUGAAACGCUGUAACGCUCUAAAAUGCAUAAACCAUAUUCUUAAAGGAUAAUGUUGAUGACAGUAAUUGAGUAUGAAUAGCUACAAUUUAUACCCACUGGUGAUUACUGACUUCCAAAUGCUUUUGGCUAUGUUGGCACAGUUGGCCAAGCUGUUCCUUAAUCAUUUAAUUUAUUUUUGAUUUCUCAUAUAUUCUUUCAUUUUUAAGAAACAGUUCUUGUCAUUUAAAAUGUUUACACUUUACCCUGUUUAAUGAAGUUUUGUUUAAAAAUUGUCAGCAUGGUUAAAAUUGCUGGCAAAGUGAUGCGCUGUUCUGUAAAAGCAUAUCAAAGGGGAAUAUAAAAAUGAUCCGUUCCUGCCAACCAAAUGCCAACAUUCAGUUUUUUUUCUUCCUAAAAUCCUUUUGAUUGAUGAUAAAACUUCUGUUUACUCUAUUCACUGCACACUAAACUAUAUUAUUUAUAAUGCCUUUUACUGAUGACUAAUCACAAGAUUGUAGCAUUAAGAACAAGAAUCAAAACUUUUUUGAUGACUGAAAAUUCAGACAAAAAUGUUCACCACUGAAAUGGUGUGUGAUAGGCACUAUAUGUAUAAUGGAAUUUGUUUUCUUUAAAAAGUGCAAUUCUUCAUUAAGAAUCCCAAAGAAGUUCUAUAAAACCCUUUCACACUCACAUUUAAUAAAAUUAGGAAAACAGGUAAAACAUUCAAUAUAAAGGGCACGGAGGUUGUGUCAUGUGUGCACAAGAGGCAGAGCGCACAUGUAGAUAUUGUACAGAUUUCACAGGCAGUACAAUAAACAUUAGUAUUUUAGUAUUUCUGUGUGCAAUAUUUUGUGCUGCAAGAUCACUGGUUUCAUAUUAUUGUGGUGAACAUAGGAUAAUCAGUUACAUUUGCAGCAAGAGUAAUUUGCACUUCUGCCGAAAAAAAAUGUAGUGUGGAACCAUGGACACUACAAACUAUGUUAUCCCUUACAAAAAGAGCAUACACACAUUUGAAAUGAAAUUAUUUUCAGUGUAGUGUUUGUCAGUGUAGAGAGAGUAUAUCUAUAUAUAUCUAUAUAUAUUACAAAUAAACAAGAAUUAGUUUAACAGAGCUUAAAAAGUGUUUAAUAGUCUUGCUUUUGUUUCGUUGAUGCGAUAUUCAAGUGAUUUUAUUUAGAGAAUAUUAAUUUAUUUCUGUGUAUUCAACUACAUGUACUUUAAUAUGAAAACAAAAAAGUAGAGUAAUAUUUUUCUAUACCUCUGUGAUGGCCCAUUUUUCAUCUAUUGUCUAUCUUUUAAAUCAAAAUAACAAUAUUAUUGCUAAAAUUCUUUGAGUGGAAAUCAUCUCUUCCAGUGUGGCAUUUUUUUCACCGGCAACAUAUUAGGACACAAGGAGAAAAAAGUUAAAAUGUUUAUGUUAUUAAAUUAUGGACUUUUUUAAACCAUGUGAAAACAUCUCUUUAAAAUACAGCAGGUGACACUGUAUAUUUGAAUUAGCAAGUUCUCUAGUUGCUACGUUAUUAUUCUUGUGCGAUCGUCUCAUCAUCAUUCCAGAAUCUUUCUAUGCUCUAGAGAGCAGUGAGUAGUUGCACUGAGUUUUCCCUGUUUCUGAAUAUCAUUGUGGAAGUUCACAAAAUUCUCUGUUGUACAAAACUCCCUGUGACCUUGUUGAAGUUGUGCUCAGGUAUGUCUGAUCAGACCUUAAAAAAGAAAACAAAACAAAACAAAAACAAACAAACAAACAAAAAAACCCAGAAAAAAGUACAAGGGUCUUCAGUUGUGUUAGGCUGUGUACACAAAGGACAUUUCAUGACGUGCUGCUAAGUCUCGUUGGUUUACAGGAAAAUAACAACUGCAUAUCCGAGUGUUUUAAUUCGCAUUGUGUCAAAGGGAUAGCAGUUACACUAUCAACAUCUACUUCUAUGGAUUUAAUAUUUAUUGUAACUUUGUAUGUUUGGUGUGGUACACUGAUAAAAACUGUACUGAACUGAAUCAUUACUUGCUAAAAAAUGUAGAUGACUCUUGUGUUAGCAGUAAGCCUUAGGGACGAGAGGCAGUAGGCUAGUGUCCGUGUAACAGUCUGCAC